CUCCCGUCCAUGGAUCGGAAUGCCUCCGUUUGCCACUGCCUUGGUUCCUGACUGAACAAGGCCAUCCAUUGAUCAAUUGUUCACGCAAAGCAUAAUUCCCUCGCUGUUAAUCCCCAGCAUCACCAUAGUACUCAUCCGGAUCAACACGUCCCUCUCCAUAUUCUAAUACCAUAAUUCUAUUCUCGUCCACUCCCGGCAACCGCUAUCCGUGCUCCGUCCCGUGUCCCCAAAAUGGCCGAGUCCCGCUACAUGACCCUCUCGGACCCCUCCUCCCUCCUCAAAAUAUCCAACGACACGUCGCAAUACCUCCAAUCCGCUCUCGAAGACAUUGUCGCCAGCUACCCCCCUCGCUCGCGCUACUCGCACGAGCACCUCCAAGGCUUAUGGAGCGGCCCGACGGGCAUUGCGCUGCUGAUGCUGCAGAUCUCCGCCCGGCAACCGAGCUUGCUGGUUAGCGGCCAGACUCCCUACCACUGGGCAAAGGCUUACAUCUCGGGUUCGCGCGGGCACAACCUCCGCCUAGGGUCGCGCGGGUGCGGUAUCCAUGAUGAGAAGCUUGCCUUCGAAGCUGUGCGUGCUUCCAUCUUCCGAGAGGAUCCUUCGCACGUCAGGACUUUUGUGUCGUGUGUGAGCCAAAUUCUGGAGGUGGAGGAGUACCCGGAUGAGAUCCUAUACGGCCGAGCAGGCACACUAUAUCUGCUGCGUCUGGUGCGACAUUGGGUUCCUGGCAGUAACAAGCUUGUUGACCCGGCUAUUGCAGAGAUCACAAAUACCAUACUCAACAGAGGGCCUAACUGGACGUGGCAUGAUAAGCGAUACCUCGGUGCUGUCCAUGGCGAUAUUGGUAUCCUUACUCAGGUCGUUCUGACGUCACCGGAGACUGUUCCCCAACUGGAAUCGGUUCUGGACAGGUUAUUAAGGUUGCAACAUCCUUCUGGUAACUGGCCUAGUUCAGAGCAGCAUGCACAUACCGGUAAGUGCUUGGUGCAAUUCUGCCAUGGCGCGCCGGGUUUCGUUGUGUCGCUGCUUUCGCUGCGCCAAUACUUCUCUGCGCUUCAAGAGAAGAUUGAUGCGGCUAUUCGAUUGGGUCGCCAGUGUAUAUGGGCGGAGGGCUUAUUGAAGAAGGAGCCAAGCUUAUGUCAUGGUAUCUUUGGGAAUGCCUUGGCACUACCAAAAGGUCCCCAACGCGAACAUUUCCUUGCCGUCGCCACACCCGAGAAUGUCGCCAACAUGAAAAAGGCCGAUCACACAGGCACCAUCUUCGAUCGAGCCGAUUACGGGCGAGCGUACUCUACCACAACGAGCUACACACCUAGCGCAGCAUGGGCAUGGCUGGUGUGCGACGAUGAGCAUCCCAAGAUGCUAGGAUACAAUGAAAUCUAGAUGUUGACCUCCUCAAAUGACUACCAAAUCGCACUCCGCAGGAGUGGGGAGAGAUGCAGGAAAUUCGGACAAGGAUCACGAUACGUAACGACGAAACGAAGAUCAGCUUUUAUGAAAGAACUUGGGAUUAGAUUACUACAAUUGACGAAGAAUUACUCUUUUC